UCCGUCACGUCCACCAUAAAGAAGGUGACGUUGUCCUGUCGGAUGAAGUGGGCGAACUGCCGAGGCGAGGUGACAGUGAUGGAAGGAGAUGGUGUGGGCACGGAAGGCUCCGGGGAAGGAGGAUCGGGGCGUGGUGUCGCAGUGGUACCGAUGAAAGAUGAUGAUGAUGAUGAUGAUGACGACGACGACGACGACGGUGAUGAUGACGAGGAUGAUGAAGAUGAUGAUGAUGAUGAUUCUGAUGAGGAUGCCGACGAUGACGAUGAGGAUAACGAUGAUGAUGAUGACGAUGAUAGUGAUGAUGAUGAGAUGUUGAUGAUGAUCGCGAUAAUGAUUAUGAUGAGGAUGAUGAUGAUCAUCAUAGGGGUCCGGCCAUUCUUGUUGUCAAAGGCCCAUUUACAGCGUCGAGCAUUUUAUGCUUCAUCUGCAGGCAAUGCAGGUUUGGAGUCCGACUCAGCAUGUCUAAAUGAGAAUCAGCAAAAGCAAUUGGAGCACGAUCACGAAGAGGAGGUGGGAGGCAGAGGGACAGCAAGGACUGGAUCUGACAGGAAUUUGUCAGGGAAGCAGAAGGGUAAGCCAGCAAUUUCACACUUACUGGUCAGCAGCGCUCAGCGGUCUUGGUUGCUGUGCUGGGUCAAUAGAGAGCUGCAAGCUCUCACAAAGGUGGAAGAUGUGGAGAUUAUCACAAAGCAUAUACUAGGUGUUGUGGAUUCAUUCCAGGACAGUGCCAGAGCGCUUCACAAGAAGCACAAGAGGUCUUUAGCAGCUGACCAAUCAGAUGCCGCUGCUCAGCAGCAUCGUGCUCUUCGAGACGCUAUUUCAGCAGGAGCCCGGCCAUUCGUUUUUGAUUAUGCAGAGCAAUUCGCUAGCGAGCUUCUGAAGUUUCUGGCGAUAGGAAGGGAUGUGGCUACAUACGACCGAAUUGUAGUAUCGCAGAUGAGAGAAGCAGCAGUUGGCGAAAGUUCAUCAGCACAAAAAGCUGCGAAUUCACCCGGAAAGGAGGGGAGGAAGAGGAAGAGGAUGUCUGCAGCUAUGGAGUCUGGCAAAGGAGGAAAACAAGAGGAGGGGGAGGAGCGGCAUCAACAAGAGGAGGAGGUUCAGCUUAUCAGUCUUCGAAGUGACGACUGCCAUGGCUGCAGUUCUGUACCUUCUGCUGCUGCAGGCUCUGUCACUGCUUCAGUAGUAGCUGAUGCUGAAGCGAAGCCAGUCGGUCAAGAUUCGGACUCUGUUCGUGAACGUAUUUUGCCAGUAAAUCAUCUUAAUUCGGACUACGUUCACAUGCAUAUGAUGUCCGAAAGCCGUCUGAACUCCGAAUGUGUCCACAAUCCUGUGAUGCUUACAAGUCAUCCGAAAAUCUCCUCCUCUUCCUCUUCCUCUGAUGAUGACGGCGAUGGCGAUGUCGGUCGAGUGCCCACUGCAGACGUGAACUGUGGUGGGAUUACCCCCCCAUUGACUUGUGAGCACGAAGAUGAAGCUUGGCAGGAUAUCAGGUGCGGAGAGGUGGGGAGCAGUGACGACCGUGUGGGAUCUUGUGCGGCUCUUGCUUCACCGAAGUGUUCCCAUAAUGAUUGCGAUUGCAGCUGCCUGGAUGCUUUGGCGGUUGACCCAAGGGACACCAACAACGAGGAGGCAAGGACCGAAGUUGUGGGCCGGGACGUGGAGGUACGUGAAGGGGACCCUCAACCCAUUGCUUCCCAGUGUCCUGUCGACUGCGAUGCCAUUGGAUCUGAUGCGCGCACCCCCCUGUCGUCGUCAAUGCCAAGGAGUGCAAGGGUUGAAGUUGUGCGUCGGGCUGAUGGAUUGUGUGAAGGAGACCCACAAUCUACUACAUUGCGGUUUCCUGUUGACAAUGUCGAGGGCUUUCCGUCGCACGUGGACGCUGCCCUGUCAUCGUCGCUGCUGAGGAGUGGGGAACUCAGCAUGGAUGGACAAGUUUGUCUCAGCGUGUCGAGAGGGGACGAGGGCAAGUUGUCAGGUGGCGGUGCUACCAUCGCUUCUGACGAUUUCCGUCAUGAGCAGAUAGCUAUUCCCGUUGAUGUUGAGGGCGUUGAGUCUGAUGCAUGCAUUGCCCCGUCGUCGCCGGUGCCUAAGGGUGGGCAAUUGGGCGUGGAUGGACGAGUUUGUCGCAGCGCGUCGGAAACGGAUGAGGGCAAGUUGUCAGAUGCAGAUGCUGCCAUCCCUGAUUGUGGGCUCCGUGAGGAGCAGGUGCCCAUUCCAUCAGGAGAGAAUGGGUCGAGCAGUGAGUGGAAGCAGACUAGUGCAGAACAGAAGCAGGCUAGGGUGGAUCAGAAGCAGACUGGUGGGGAUCUUGCUGUUUCGCAGGCGGUCGUGGAGGACUGGGGCAACGGUAGUUUGAGAACAAAGGGUGUAGUUUGCCGAGAAGAGUGUGAGGGCAGCUACGCUGUGGAGCAGUUUUGUAUGGAGGUGCGUGCUAGUCAGCGUGUAGGAGAUGCACUUAACCCUGAAUGUGGUAGCGACUCUCUGAACGAUCAGCCUCAUGCAGACCAUGUUAUGGUAGAGGCAUGCGCGAAUGAUUGCGAGGACCGUGGAUGGGCAGUAGAGGGCAUGGUUCGAUCGCCAGAAGGCCGUGAGCUUAGCGAUGCGGCGAUGGCUUUGGAAAAUGUACAAGGAAGCCUUCCGGUUGGGUCAGAUAGCAGUAAGAGAGAGAGGGAGAUGGCUGAUGAUGGUACGGCUUUGAUGAUAGGCGCCACCCUAAGCGUUGCGUUGGGCGAUGUGAUUGCAGAUGAUGCUCGUUGUGCAAACUUGAUGACAAAGGAGAAUGACGACGAGCACACAACGUGCUAUCGAGGAGAAGAACGGGAGGAGGGUGACGGUAGGGAGCAAAAUCACCAGGAAAGAGGGCUGGAAGAAGGGUCUGAUCGUAAUAAGGCGGGGUUUCUGAGUCCGGCGAGUGAAGUGACUGAUGCCCAGGAGGCUAUGGAAAGCCUGCAAGUGGUGCAACACAGCUCAGAGAGUGCGCCCUUGUGCUCAGCAGGCUUGUCACUGCAGAGGAACAGAAAUGAGAAUUCAGCACGUGUAGGGUCAACCAACCGUCCUCAAGAUGCUCUGCCUCUGUUGCGAAGUGCUGUUGUAGGCGUUCUGCCUGAUGAAGUACCUUGCCUCUCAUCACAGGAGCCAAGGCUGCGGCAACUGGGAGGUGGCACUGAGUCUGCUGUUCUCUCUUCUACGGAAGCACUAGUGUCCAUUGCCCGAGGACUGCAACAAUUCGACACCAAGGACAGUGCCACUGAGUUUGCAGCUGCCCCUUUCCUUGAUGGCCAGGAAAACGGGAGAGGAACGGCGACAGGAUGCAGUGAGGGAGUCUGUUUGGAUGCAGUGCAAGAGGGAGGAAGUGCUGACUGUGUUGUGAGAGCGGGGGUGCUUGGUCAGCAGGAUGGGAUGGACGCACGGAAGGAGUUCGGCGAUGGCGAAGCCAACCUCCCUAGGGAAGCUUUGAUGGGCCUGGACGAAGAUCAUGGGCAUUUGGACGAUGCGGGUAAAGGUGGGGCAGAUGGCAUGGCAUCUGUUGUAACAGUAAAUGAGAGCGAAAGCGAAGUGCAGAGGCGUGAUGUGGAUGGCGAGGAAGGGCGUCAGGAUGGCCAGAAAAGCCCGAAACGUAUCGACGGAGAAGAAUGUGCUGAUGCUGUAGGAGAAAGUGACUGCAAAGAGACAGUUCUGCAACCGCCAGAAUCAAGGUGCAAGCUUGGCAUGGACAACGACAAGGAAGAUUGUUGUCCAUGCGCGUGCAAGACAACGUCGUCGCUUUCGACGAGCGAAGUUAUUGCGUCCAGGGCUCCAUUCUGUGGAGUGGAGGAUGGCGAGAGGGAAGCCCAGGGAGAGGCCUCCGGACUCGAAGAGGAACUUGUCACUGUGGAGGCGGGAGAGACUGAUGAUAAGGGUUUCGCAGACAGUGUCCCAACCCCAACCGCAGGCCCUAUGGGAGGAGGAGGUACCGAUGAUGGUGCCGAAGCGCGCAUCGAAGAGGGUGAUGAAGGAGUGUUGACGGUGGAUGACGUAGAGAGAAGGAAGAGCACCUCGUUAAUGGAGACCAGCGCAGAAGAAGCAAAGACAGAGGCUGGUUCAAACACACCUCUGUCAACAUGCCCGGUUUCCGCAUCCGUUUCAAAACGAAGUCUCGGAGGGAUUAUCCCUCUUGCAGGUUGUGGUCGUGGGAGCGGCAUACUCUCACCAGGAGCGGCGAGGCCUGCGAUGCUCGGGGCAGUCUCUCCGUUGGCCACUGCUUCUGUCAGUGCAACGACCAGUACAGCUGGCGUCGUACUGAGUGGCGCAAUCAAGGGAUGGAACGUCGGAUUGUUCGGCUCGAACAGUCUCCAUCAUCCGCAACAACCGCAAACUCAGCCGACACAUCUUCAACAGCAAAACAUGCUUCGAUUGCAGCAGCAUUUCCAUCUUCAUUUAAAGCAGCAGCAGCAGCAGCACCAGUUGCAACAACAGAUCCAACAACAUCAACAGCAGCAGCAGCAGCAGCUUAUCCACUAUCAAAUCCAGUUUCAGCACCAACAACAGCAAGCCGCCGCCGCUGCAGCGGCAGCAGCCGCAGCUGCAGCACUUUGUAUGCCCUCUUCUGCUGGACAAUACCUGCAUGCUGCUAACACGGCAGCAGUUUCACAGAUGAUACACCACCACCAGCAGCAGCAGCAGCAGCAGCAGCAGCAACAGCAGCAACAGCAGCAGCAGCAACAGCAAGGACAACUGCCGCAUCAGUUCCGAGUACCUAUUGCGCAGAUGAAUGCUGCAGCAGUGAUGCCCAUGUGCGGCAAUAGUUUACCAGCCGGAAUGAUGCCGGCAUGCAGUGGUGCACUGACGACUUCUCAAGCGCGAUUUCCGGCGGCAAGUUUUGCAAGCGUCUUAGGUCUAGGUGGCGUUCUCGCGGGAACGCCUACAAGCACCUGUCAAGCUGUAGAAAGUAGUGGUAAUAUCGCGCAGAUGGGACUGCUUGGUUUCAAUGUGGAGCACUUGGGUCAGUUCGGAGCACAUGGGAUGGUGCCCGGGAGCUUGGCUGCCGACGCUGGAGUGAUGGCUCAGGUUGGUGUUGCACAACUGCAAGGCCUUGAUGGAGGGACGCUCGGGUCAGCUGCGAUCGCGACAAAUGCCAACGCGGCCGCAGCACAGGCCAUGGUACAGGAAAAGGUAAUGGAAGGAAAUGAGAAAAUCAACGCAGAAAAGAAGGUCGAGAAGCUGCAUAAGAAGACCAAGUCAAAGACGAAGAAGAUGAUGGCCGGCACGAAGAGCAAGAAGGACAAGGAGACAAAGAAGAAGGAGAAGAGGAAGAAUAAGAAGAAGAGGAGGAGAAGAGAGAGGUCAGCAUCCCCGGGGACAAAGACAAAGAAGAAGUGUAAGGCAGGGGCGAAAAACAGGAGCAGUAGCGAUGAAGAAACCUUUGAUUCCGCGUCAGAGUCGGACAGUGGUAAUGGUUCAAGGAGGAAGAAGUCAAACAGCAGGCAUCAGAGGAGAGGAAAGAGGAGAGAGAGGAAGCACAAGGAGCGGGCGAGGAGUACAACCGACAGCCACCUAUCAGAUAGUGAUGAAACAGACUCGAGCAAUUCGUCUGGCGGCAAAAAGUUCGUUCAGGAUGGCUUGGAGAGUGAGAGAAAGCGAAGGGAUGGGAAUGAGGACAGGGGCCACAAGGCAAAGAAUGAUGAGAUGGGGGGGAGUAAAGGUGAUAAGCAAGUGAGAAAGAGGAGCAGAAGUCGGAGCAGAGCGAGAAGAUCGGCGGAAUAUGACGUGAGGAUAGGUGGCAACAGCACUCAGCUAGGACGUUCUGGCGAUGAUGGUGUUCUGGUACAGAAGGAGCAGAAGAGAAGCAAAAGUGAGACGGCGGAGGGUCAUGCUGUGAGGAAAAUAAGCGAGACGGAAUUUGUGGGUGGAUUAGGUGGGAGAAAGUGCGGAACUGGGGGUGGCGAUAAACGAUGUGAUAAUACUGCGGACAUGGGAAAACAAAGCAGGUGCAAGGGUUCGUAUGGUGGGGAUCAUGAGGAGAAGGAUCGAAGCAAAGAGGCGAAGAGGGAUGGAAUAGGGGGGGAUAAGUCUGGCGGCCAAGGGAGAGAGGAGAGAGUUGGGGAGGAGAGGUGGAAUGGUGGAAGGCAGAGGGACAGCAGGCAGAGGGAGGACAGGCAGAGGGAGGAAAGGUUGAAGGAUGAAAGGUGGAGGGAGGAAAGGGUGAGUUGGGAGCAGCAGAGGGAGAGGAGGCAUAGAGAGGAGAGGAGGAGAGAGGAGAUGCGUAGAGAGGAGAGAGGGAGGGAGGAGAGGUGGAGGGACAAGAGGGGCGAAGAGACGUGGAGGGAAGAGUUGUCACCUUUGGAAAGGCGGAGGGAGAAGAGAUGGAGAGAGGAGGGUAGGAGGAGAGAGGAUGCCGGGGCAGAGGACAGUAGGAGGGAGAGUAGUGGGAGGCGGGAGAAGGGAAUGGCUGAGAGGCGAAGGGACAAGAGACCGAGGGAAGAAAAGCGGAGGGAUGACAGGUGUUGGGAGGAAUUGGAUGAGAAGAACAUGGCCGACGAGGAACUGAAGGCGAAUCUGACGGAGAUCCAACUCAGGCAAAAGGCGCUUGCGAAUUUGAUACAGCAUUUUGACGGUCCGCACGGAGGCGGAGCCAGGGAGGAAGAAUCGGGGAAAGAAGAGAAAAUAAGUGAAUCGCGCGUAGCUGGCAACAAGGAGGAAGGUCUCGGGCUCAAAGUCGAUGAGGAGAGGCAGGAUGUGAAGGAGGAGGAGGGAAGGAGCUUUGCUGAGGAAGAGGGAGAAGAUGGGAAAGAAGGGGAGGAGGAGGAGGAGCAGGAGGAGGACAUGGGUGGUAGGCAAGAUAGGUUGGUAGCUAAGGGGCAACCAAUGAAGGAAGGAGGCUUGUGUGGGAGAGAAAGUGAAGGUGGUCUUCGUCACGAAUUUUUGCAUGUGCACGCUGUCGAUGAAGCACACCAGGAGGCGCAAGGGAUGGCGGCAGUGGAGGAUGAGGUGAGAGCAUCAAAGAAACAGAGGGUCUUGAGCUCAUGCGCACAUACACGGGAAGCCCCGGGGCGUCCAAGGAGAAAGGAAGAGGAAAUAAGGACAAGCAGCACGACUUCUUUACCUGCGGCGUUCUGUGUGGACCCUGCGAGUACUGUCGGCAUAUCUCAUCAGCUGAGAAGAAGAGGGAUGCUCGUUAAUGAGGAAGAAGGAACACGGCAGAACCGUGCUGAAAUGAGCGAGGGUGAAAGGGAGCACACAAUGCGAAGGGAUGCUGGGGGGAAGGGGGGACGCACCACCAGUGUGUCAGCGGCAACGAAGGUGGAAUGCCAUAGUGUCGGCGAAUACGAGGAUGAUGAGCGUCAGCUGGACAAGUGUGAUCAGGUGAAAAGGAGAAAGGUUCUCGCCAAGAAAGGAGGAGAUGGUGGCCCAAGGCAGGACGGCCGAGAUGAACAUGUCAUGUUGCAACGUAUGGUGCAAAGGCAGGAGGAGGAGAAGGGAAGUACUGUGGCUGUGAAACAUGGUGCCCAAGACUGUUCUCUGGAGAAUGUGUCACAUGGGGUUGCAGAGAUGAAUGCAGUGGAGGAUAGCCGAACAGAGAGAAGCAAGGAUGGCCACAAGCUCCGGUCGGUGGUUGAUCGCGUGCCUCGAUCACAAGAUGCCGAGGGAAUGGAGGCAGGGCAACAGCGAUGCGCAGGCACUAUUGGUGGAGGCCAGUGCACUGUGGUCGGAUCGGAAAAUGCGAAAGGGCGAGAGGCUGUGCGCUUCCAGGAGAAAGGAAGUGGGAAGAGACAGAGCCAACCAGAGGAAAAGGAGGCAAGGCGGCAAAUGAAAUCCGAAGUGUGGGGCGUAGAAUUUGGAGAUCAGCAGAGGAAAGAGGAUGGGGCCAGAAACUCGGAUGAGCUAGAGUCCGGGGAGGUAGACGUAUAUGCUGCACCAGAACUCUCCGUCGGGAGUCGUUGGAAGCAUGAGAAAGGCCAGGAAGCAAACGGGCUGUUGGGAGAAUUCGCAGCUGGGAAAGGAUUGGAGGUGUCGAAGAAAGAAAAGAGAAGAAGGGAGGGACGGUCAGGUAACGAAGUCGAGGAGCGAGGUAAGGGGAGCGAGAAGAAUGCUAGGAAGAAGAGCAGGAGAAGUACGACGAGUGACGUUCACGAUGAUCGAGAAAACAGUGAGAAUGGUGGGAUGAAUACGAGCACAUCUCAAAUCAUGAUGAGAAGAGAGGGAGGGAUUAAAUGUGCUAGCGCGAAAGGGGCAGCCGUGACGUUGACUGAAGAUGCACAAGUGAGAGGUAAAGAUGACCAUAGAAUGUCAGCGAAUUUGUUGAAAGACGAGAAGAGAGAAAGCGAGUAUUCAGGAUGUGAUUCACACUCGAAAGAUGGGGAGGAUGUGAGGAUUACAAAGGUAGCUGAGAGGGUGUCGAACGACGAAGACCUUGAAGAAGCGGACCGCCAUAAGCAGCACCCCCACCACCAUCAUGGUCACCAUCAGCAGCACCGCCAUCGUCACCGCCAUCAUCGUGAUCCUAAGCAUUCGCAGAAGAGGUCUGAUUCCGUUAAGCAGGGGAUAAAAAGAGAGGAGGAAGCCUGCGAGGGUAGGCCCUCGCAGGAGGUGAGAAGUGGAGGGGAUAGAGCGGAGGGAGGUGGAACACUUGGGGGUGAAGUCGGAUACGGCGGAAAGACGGUCAUCGGUGGCGAGAAGGCAAGGCGAAAGCGAGGGGGAUCGGGGCACGGAGACGUUGGUAAGGGUAGUUGUGAAAUUCAGGGUAUACCUGAGGGUAUGCCUGGGAAUGAUGAGCCUGGGGUAAGUGGCUGCAAGGAGGACAGCGGACAGCGGGGUGAAAAAGCUAUGAAACCGACCUCACUUUCUAUUCAGGGAAAGCUGAGAAGUGAUGCGAGGGGAGUGCGAGAGGAGAUCAAACUCGCAAAACGGAGCAAUGAUAGAGACGUGCUCAGAGUCACUAGUAGUCCCCGACUGCGUGGUAUGCAUAAUGUGAAUGUCCAGAGGGAGAGUGGUGGCGAUGCGGAGAAAGAUCGCAAAGACAAGCUUUCGAAGCGAAGUUGCGAGGCCCGACAGGGUAUGGAGGAGGAGGAGGGUGAACAGAAGAGAGACGGCGGUGGUCGAUCUUCGGUCGACGAGUACGCAAAAAUCCGCAGUUGUACGAGUGCCAUGGAUGAGCUGAAAUAUGGGCAAUCUACGUUACAUCGUCGAGAAUUUAAAAGCGGCGAGAGGAAUCGCGGAGAGCAAUCGGCUUCGAGAUCUGCGCACGGGCGACACGUUAGCGUAGAAGUGCAAACGAGACGGGGAAAGAAUGACAAAGAGGAAAGAGUAAGCAGCAAGGGCGCAGAGGCGGUUGCUGCUACAUGUGAGGGUGCUAUGGAACGCGAUCGUGACGACUCCAAGGACUUUGGGUUGAGGGAUGCACCGUCGGUUCCUCCUCCUGAGUGCACUCCUGAAGCUCUAGCUAUGGCAGCGAAAGGGUUGAAGAAGAAGGGUCCGGAUCCCAGUUGCGAUCUAGAUUUGGCGUCGCGGGGCACUCUGCAGGACCGUAAGCAGUUGCUCGACACUGCAGGUGCAGUCGUUGGGAGAACACGUGGCGAAAAGAAGCUGAUAGGUGGGAAAAGUGAAAGAAAGAGGAGCUCAAAAGAGGACCCAUCAGAAGAGGACGGUGGGCUUCAGCGCAAAACAACCACCGUUACGUGCCAUGGGGAGCAAGUUGAGGUGAGUUACUUGUUGUGACGUCAACAAAUAAAGCAUUCCAUG